CUAACCAGUCAAAUUUGAAUCACGACAGUGAAGCAAAAGCUAAAUACAAAGCGAUUCCGAGCGAAUUUACAAAGCGAUUUUCAAGUGAAAAGUUAUUAUUACCGUUCAGUUAGUGAAAACAAGUGAAGUUAUACAAAAAUGGUACAAGCUCCAGCAAUCGGUAUCGACUUGGGAACCACAUACUCCUGCGUGGGUGUGUGGCAACAAGGAAAAGUCGAAAUCAUCGCCAACGACCAAGGAAACAGAACAACACCGAGUUAUGUGGCGUUCACCGACACCGAACGUCUUAUAGGAGAUGCUGCGAAGAACCAGGUCGCCAUGAACCCCUCUAACACUAUCUUCGACGCCAAGAGGUUGAUCGGACGCAAAUUCGACGAUCCCAAAAUCCAGGAAGACAUUAAACACUGGCCCUUCAAAGUGGUUAAUAGCGGAGGAAAACCAAAACUACAAGUCGAGUUCAAAGGGGAACAGAAACAGUUUGCUCCAGAGGAGGUCAGUUCGAUGGUACUCACGAAAAUGAAGGAAACGGCAGAAGCUUAUUUGGGAUUGCCUGUAAAAGACGCGGUAAUCACAGUUCCUGCAUAUUUCAACGAUUCCCAGAGACAAGCUACAAAAGAUGCCGGUGUAAUAGCGGGGUUGAACGUGUUGAGGAUCAUCAACGAACCCACUGCUGCCGCGUUGGCUUACGGUUUGGACAAGAACCUCAAAGGAGAAAGAAAUGUGCUCAUUUUCGAUCUGGGAGGAGGCACAUUCGACGUUUCCAUCCUAACAAUCGACGAAGGAUCUCUGUUCGAAGUAAGAGCCACCGCAGGUGACACCCAUCUCGGAGGUGAAGACUUUGACAACAGACUAGUGAACCACCUCACUGAAGAAUUCAAAAGAAAAUACAGGAAGGACUUGAAAUCCAACCCAAAAGCUAUCAGAAGAUUAAGGACUGCAGCUGAAAGAGCGAAACGUACUCUAUCAUCCAGUACAGAAGCUAGCAUUGAAAUCGAUGCACUUUUCGAAGGAAUCGACUUCUACACAAAAAUAUCCAGAGCCAGGUUCGAAGAACUGAACGCAGAUCUGUUCAGAGGAACACUACAACCCGUCGAAAAAGCCUUAAAAGAUGCCAAAAUGGACAAAGGCUCUAUUCACGACAUCGUUCUGGUGGGUGGUUCCACAAGAAUUCCGAAAAUCCAACAACUGCUUCAGAAUUACUUCAACGGAAAGCAACUGAACCUUUCAAUCAACCCAGACGAAGCGGUUGCUUACGGUGCAGCAGUCCAAGCGGCAGUUCUGAGUGGAGCUCAAGAUUCCAAGAUCCAAGACGUUCUCUUAGUCGACGUAACUCCACUGUCUUUGGGUAUUGAAACGGCCGGUGGUGUAAUGACCAAGAUCAUCGAAAGAAAUGCAAGAAUCCCGUGCAAACAGACGCAAACAUUCACCACGUAUUCCGACAAUCAACCUGCUGUAACCAUUCAAGUGUUCGAAGGUGAAAGAGCCAUGACCAAAGACAACAACCUUUUGGGAAACUUCGACUUGACCGGCAUUCCACCGGCGCCCAGGGGAGUACCCAAAGUCGAGGUCACUUUCGAUCUCGACGCCAACGGUAUUCUGAACGUCUCUGCCAAGGACACCAGCUCCGGCAACUCCCGCAACAUCACCAUCAAAAACGACAAAGGCAGACUGUCUCAGGCCGACAUCGACCGCAUGUUGUCCGAAGCAGAACAAUACAAAGAAGAGGACGAGAAACAGAAACAAAAAGUCGCAUCACGCAAUCAGCUGGAAGCCUACAUUUUCCAACUGAAACAGGCGGUUCAAGAGUGCGGAGACAAACUGAGUUCGGAGGAUAAAUCGACGGUAGAACGGGAAUGUGAAGCAGCUCUGAAAUGGCUGGACUCCAACACUCUAGCCGAGAAGGAAGAAUUCGAGGACAAACAGAAGCAGCUCACGUCCGUUUGCAGUCCCAUUAUGGCCAAAUUGUACAACUCUGGAGCCUCCCAAAAUAACAACAACUAUGGAGGAGCCAACAUGCCUGGUAGCAGCUGUGGAAGACAAGCUGGAGGAUUUGGUCAAACGUCAUCACAGGGACCAACGAUAGAAGAAGUAGAUUAAAUUAAUACAUAUCCUGUAUUUAAAACAUUCUAUGACUGUAUAUACUAUGUAUAUAAUGUAAAUAAUUAUUGUUAAUUUAUUAUGUCCAAAAAAUAAGACUGAUUUUAAAAUAUUAAUAAAUUAUUGUUAGAAUUAUUUAUUUUUUAGAUUGCAAUAAAUAAAUGUUGAAAUAUAAAAA